UCUAAAUAAAAAAAAAAAAAAUAAUACAAAAAUAUUAUCGAGACACGUAAUAUUCUAAUAAUAAUAAUAAUAUAUCGUUAAGUGCGGAAUCGAAUAAAAGGAUUUAUUCGGAUUUGCGUUAGAAAAUCGCGCGUGUCCAUCUCCGCGGUUGUUGUUCCUCGGCAAUGAAAAAAAGUAUAACGCGCAAAACGCGAAACGAAAUAGCUGAGAUUUCGCGAGUUAUGACCAUGACACUUAGUCGGAACGUUUACGAAGAUUCCAGCGAGGACGAAGCAGGUGUUGCAGAUAUAGGUACGAAGGUGAAGACGGCUACAGCCGAAGGUUUAGCCGCUGAAGCCACGUCGGCCGUACUCGACGAGGAUGCCGGCGGUGGCGGUGGCGGUGGUACCGGUGGUGCCAAUGGUGGUGGAGGUGGUGCCAGUAGUGGUGGUGGUGCCAGUGCUGGUUCCGGUCAACAAAUUCUUGGGAUCGGCGGGAUUGGUGGUGUUGGCCUCGGCGGCAAUGAUGGAAUUGAUGGAAGAAUUAGUAAUCCUGGUGGUGGUGGUAAUAGUAGUGUCGAUGGUGCCGAUGAAAACGAGGAAGGGCCGAAGAUGAAACAAGAAAACGGCCAAACUUGUCCUCACUGCGGUAUUCACUUCCGGAACGCUCACGUACUUCAACUUCAUAUAGAGGAUGUUCACAAGACGUUGUAUUCGGCAGACAAAAAUGAUCUUAACGCACAAUUUUCACAAGUGUCGUGCAAAGUGUGCAACAAAACCUUCGCCAAUGUCUACAGAUUACAAAGGCAUAUGAUCAGCCACGACGAAAGUGCUGUUUUAAGAAAAUUCAAGUGCCCCCAUUGUGAAAAAGCGUUCAAAUUUAAACAUCAUCUUAAGGAACAUUUGCGUAUACACAGCGGCGAGAAACCAUUUCAAUGUAACAACUGUGGUAAAAGAUUUUCACAUUCUGGUUCUUAUUCGAGUCAUAUGACAUCGAAAAAAUGCUUAAUCGUUAAUUUGAAGAAGUCUAGACAAAACAGCAACAUUGGUAAUAUAGAAAAAUGUUCGAAGAAAACGCUUACGCAAUCGGUUCAUGGUGCCCGACGAGAUGAUACACUUCUUGCGGCUAACAAUAAUACUUUUUUACCGAUACUGCCAAAGCUUUCUCCUUCGGAUUAUCAAGAAAUACGAGAAGGUGGUGGUAUUUACGACGGACCAAGUCUUAUACCCCCUAUGAUGGGAUUUACCAAUUAUUUCCUACAAUCCUCGUUAGGAAAAAUAUUAAAUCAAGUGCAUUCCAAACGACUCGACGAAAUAACAGAAAAAUUUGAGACCCAUCGUGAAACGAUGAGUCCAUUAACUGCGGAUUCGGAGGGUACGGAAGGUACGGAAGGAAAGGAGUCACCUGCACCGAUUGGGUCUCGAGGGUUGGAUGCUGUUCGUCGUAUUUUAGAGACUGUCAAUACCUCUGUCACUAAGGAAUUGUUAGAAGAAAAUGUUAAAAAAUUGUCUACCUCAAUAUUCAGUUCUCCUAUUAUGAGACGAGAAUUUGAAAGUGAACUUGGAGAAUAUCACGAUCAGGAUAGUGAAAUAUCGAAUGAAAUGAACCCCCAUUAUGAUUGGUCGUUAACAGCGGAUCAGUACGAUUCCCAAAGUGAAGGUUUAGCUGCCAAAUUGGAAGAUGCUAAUCAAUCACAAGGUGUCACCACCAGGUUAUCUUCUAAAAGAAAACACGAGGAUAGUUCCGAGCCGGAUACCGAUGAUGAAGAGGAUAGUAAUCAAACGCAUACAGAAAAUGGUAGAAGAGUAAGGGCAAGGUCUUUAAUAGACGAUGAACAAUUGGCUGUUCUUAAAGGUUACUAUGCUAUCAAUCCGAGGCCAAAGAAAGAAGAAAUAAUUAUGAUUGCGAAUUAUAUUAAUUUCUCCACUCGCGUAGUACAGGUUUGGUUCCAGAAUUCCCGUGCUAGGGAUCGUAGGGAAUCAAGAAUUCCAGCAUUGUUACCACUUUCAAGUCCAACAACGUUUGAACAACCCUUGGAUUUAUCGAAAAAAGAUGUCCUAACGAUAUCCCUCGUGAAAGAUGCCGAUACAUCCAAUGGAAAUAUUGCUUCUCCUCCUUGUGAGAAAAAAGAAGACACUUCAUCGACUGUUGCAAAUCAAGAAACGGACGAUCUUGAGGAUUCACCUCUUGUUAUUGAUGAAGAAAUGAACGAUUCUGUUGAAUCAAAACGUAUGCCUUCUGUACUUGACGUUUCGCAAAAGAGUCAAAAUCUUGGGAACGCCAAAAAGGAAAACGAAAAUCCAGUUAAAGUUGAACAGCCUACCACAACGGACACCGAACAAGGACUUUAUUUUUGUGAUCGUUGCGACAAAACUUUUUCGAAACAUAGUUCACUCGCUAGACACAAGUAUGAACAUUCCGGGCAAAGGCCGCACAAAUGCGUGGAGUGUACAAGAGCGUUCAAGCACAAACAUCACCUAACCGAACAUAAGCGGUUGCACAGUGGCGAAAAACCCUUUCAGUGCUCUAAGUGCCUCAAACGCUUUUCUCACUCAGGCUCUUACAGCCAACACAUGAAUCACCGUUCCUCUUACUGUAAACCUUACAGAGAGUAAAUUUUGUCGAACGUUUCUUCUUUCCCCGUGAAAUCCCCAACCCUAGCCCUUUACCCUCACCCCUACUAUCCCUUCCUAAUCCCACGUUCACUACGUUAGUCGUGUGUUCUUCUCUAUUUUAUAUAUUUUCUAAUAAUUAUUAUACUCAAAAAUUGCAUUUAAGUUUUUCUUUUUUUUUUUAU